CUCUGAUAAAGUCAAGUAAAUAUGAUGUUAAAGAUUCAUAGUGGGUCUGUCAUAAAUGUUAUUAAAUCAUCUUCGUCCCCGUCCUCUCGUUACCCUCUUGUUUUUCCUCCUCCUUCCUCCCCCCCCCUCCCUCUGGGCCCAUGACAGGAAGCCAAUCGAUGCGUCUCUUGUUUGCUCGUCUUCCUCUAAUUAAUUUUCUGGCUCAUUCAGAACUUGUUUGUUCCUCUGCAGUCUCACGAGGUGUGUGUGUGUGUGUGUGUGUGAGAGAGAGAGUGAGAAAGAAAUGGGCACGAGUUCAGGUUUUGCUUUUAGCUGGUGAGUUAUGUGCGUUAGCUCUCUGACCGCUGCGUUUGUACCAAACACAAACUCUGAAAUGUCCACAUUUACUGCUCUUGCCAGCAUCGUAAUUUAUUCACCAACGUCACACAAAUCGCGCCCGCUCCAGUUCACAGGAAGCGUUUUCAUUCACCAGUCGCUGUGCUGCGUUCUCAUUUUGUUCACUUGGUUAUUUGAGAAUAUUUUUCCACCUGCAGUUGAUGAAGACGCUGUAGUUGAGUACGAGAAUAGAACUCUGAAGAUGAAGAAGAAUUAGUCAGUCAGUGUGCUGACAUCAUUGCCCUGCUGAGUGAACCCAGUGACCUCCAUCAGAUGGUGAAUGAACCGCUUUGAGUGACUGGAUUAAGCAGUUCAUGCCUGUUUGUGUCCCACACUUUCCCUUCCAGAGGACUCCUCUGGUGGCCCUCACUUCCUGGUGACAGCAGGCGCUCAAAGCUGUGGCACUAACGAGGGGGCGCUCACCGUCGCCCCCACCUGACUCACCUUUCUCUCACAUCCUGCAGGGGGCAAUCAAAGUGUAGCUUUGGGUAGCUUUGGCUUCACUCUGUCUCUCUCUCUCCCUCUGUUCUGCUGGGUGAUGCGUAGACAUCGUGGGUACGCUGAGGCCGGAUGAGAAGGCCAUAAUGACCUAUGUUUCCUGCUUCUAUCACGCCUUCUCUGGCGCACAGAAGGCUGAGACAGCCGCAAAUCGAAUCUGCAAAGUGCUGGCUGUCAACCAGGAGAACGAGCAAAUGAUGGAGGACUACGAGAAACUGGCCAGUGAUCUCCUGGAGUGGAUCCGUCGGACCAUCCCCUGGCUGGAGAACCGAACCCAAGAGAAGACUGUAAAUGACAUGCAGGUGAAACAGGAGGACUUCAGAGACUACCGCUGUGUGCACAAACCACCCAAGGUCCAAGAGAAAUGCCAGCUGGAGAUCAGCUUCAACACUCUGCAGACUAAACUGAGACUCAGCAACAGACCUGCCUUCAUGCCGUCAGAAGGACGCAUGGUGUCGGACAUCAACAAAGCGUGGCACAAUCUGGAAGGAGCAGAGAAAGGCUACGAGGAGUGGAUCCUCAGCGAGAUCAGGCGUCUGGAGAGACUGGAGCAUCUGGCCGUCAAGUUCCACCAGAAGUGUGCCAUCCAUGAAUCCUGGACCGACGGUAAGGAGGCCAUGCUUACCCAGAAAGACUAUGAGACGUGCACCCUGUCAGAAGUCAAGGCGCUGCUCCGGAAACACGAGGCCUUUGAGAGCGACCUGGCCGCCCACCAGGACAGAGUGGAGCAGAUCGCCGCCAUCGCGCAGGAGCUCAAUGAACUGGACUACUACGAUGCCGCCAGUGUCAACGCUCGCUGUCAGAAGAUCUGCGAUCAGUGGGACGUCCUGGGAGCCCUCACCCACAAACGCAAAGAGUCACUGGAGAGGACAGAGAAGCAGCUGGAGUCGAUAGAUGAGCUGUACCUGGAGUACGCCAAGAGAGCGGCACCUUUCAACAACUGGAUGGAGGGAGCUAUGGAGGACCUGCAGGACAUGUUCAUCGUCCACAACAUUGAGGAGAUCCAGGGUCUGAUCACAGCCCACGAGCAGUUCAAGUCCACCCUGCCCGAGGCCAACAAGGAGCGCGAGGCUAUCCAGUCCAUCCAGUCCGAGGUGCAGAAGAUCGCCCAGAGCAACGGCAUCAAGCUGAGCAGCGGAAACCCGUACACCUCCAUCACACCUGAGAGCAUCAACAGCAAGUGGGAACAGGCGAUGGCUAUGGUGCCACUGCGUGACAACGCCCUGCAGGAAGAGCUGAACAAGCAGAACUCCAACGACACUCUGAGAGCCACAUUCGCCACUCAGGCCAACACGGUUGGCGCUUACAUCCAGGCCAAAAUGGAGGAAGUUGGCAGGAUAUCCAUUGAAAUGAACGGCACCCUGGAGGACCAGCUGACCAACCUGAAGGAAUACCAGAAGAGCAUCAUAUCAUACACACCCGAAAUUAACAAGCUGGAGGGAUACCACCAACACAUCCAGGAGGCGCUCAUCUUCGACAACCAGUACACUUCCUACACGAUGGAGCACCUCCGGGUGGGCUGGGAGCAGCUGCUCACCACCAUCGCCAGAACCAUCAACGAGGUCGAGAACCAGAUCCUGACGCGUGACGCCAAGGGCAUCAGCCAGGAGCAGCUGUACGAGUACCGCGCCUCCUUCAACCACUUUGACAAGACCUUAAAUGGGGGUGAGAGAGGAGCCAGACAUGACCACAGCGGGGCCCUGCAGGCCGAGGAGUUCAAGGCCUGUUUGAUCAGUCUGGGCUACGAUGUGGAGAAGGACAAGCAGGGCGAAGCCGAAUUUAAUCGCAUCAUGGGUAUAGUGGACCCCAACGGCAGCGGCGCCGUCACCUUCCAGGCCUUUAUCGACUUCAUGUCCACGGAAACGACCGACAGGGACACCGCGGACCAGGUCAUCGCCUCCUUCAAGAUCCUGGCUGCUGAUAAGAACUACAUCACAGCUGAUGAGCUGAGGCGGGAGCUCCCUCCAGACCAGGCGGAGUACUGCAUCGCCCGCAUGGCACCCUACACGGGGCCCGACGCUGUCCCCGGAGCCCUCGACUACAUGUCCUUCUCCACCGCCCUGUAUGGAGAGAGUGACCUGUAGAGGAGGCGAGACGAGGAGGAGGGCUGGACAGAUGGGGGGAGGGAGAGGGAGGUAGAGGAGACGCCGUGAGUCGAGCGCUGGGAAGAAUUUUGAGUGGUGGUCACGAUGUGCCCCUGCGAGUGCUGGUUUAGAAAUCGUUAAGAGCUUGCUGAUUGAGCUGUAGUUCUCUUGGUUUGGCCUCCAGCCCCACUGUCACAAAAGGAUGUUCAGCAUCAGUUUGUCAUAAAGGUUUAUUUGAACGGGCACAUCUGGGGGCGUCUGUGGGACGGGGGGCAGAGUUGCUCUGUAGUGCGGGUCCUUAGCUUCACCCUCUCUGCCUUCAUGGGGUUUAAACGGGGAGGGACGGGGGUUAGGAUUAUGGGGGGGGCACAAGCUAA